UCAUAUCCUGAGUAGUACAUUGGUUUAACAGCAAAGCUAGAUCUUCUCAGUAUGCACUGCAAGAAGAUGUUUAAAAUGGAUUUCAGUUUUUCAUUUUCUCUGCCAUGUAUGUUGAUGAUCCUGAUCAUUAUUACUGGCAAGACUUGUGCUGCCAAUAAUUUAACCACUCAGAAUAAUUUCUCAGAAACACAAGUAUCACAAUAUAAUCAAUCAGGAAAAGGAGACAUAAACUGUGUGCACUCCUGCGACAAAGUAAUAUGUUUGAAGGAUGAUGAAAGAAAGUGCCUUGGAAAUGAGACAUCCUUCCUUUGCGUAUGUGAUCUGCUUCCAACUGUUCACAUUCAUUGUCUCCCUAAUGGAAAAAUCAGCCUGUUGUGUGAAAUAGGUGGCCAGUUCAAUGACAAUGUUCAUUGGACUCUGAAUGGAAACCCUAUAAGUGAUGGCUGUAUCAAGGAAAAUGGCACUAAAAUUAUUUUGGAAAAAGGUAAACGUGGCAAGUACGUUUGCCAAAGAGGAAAUCACUGUAAGAGUUCUCCUGUUGAAAUGACAUGUGAUAGCGGGGAUCUGCUGCAGCAUCCACUCUUCCUGUAUGUCCUAACAGCCUGUGGAGGUGGAGCGGUUUUGCUAGCUGUCACAGCCUCAUUGAUCACAUGUUGCUGCAUGAAAACCAAGCACAACUUUGUUCGGGUCCCUGUGGAAGACGAAAAGGAUGAGGGCAUAACCAUGUCUGCCAUUUCUAGUGAAAGACCAAAUCCUCCUCCUAAUGGAGACCAUUGUGAAGUUACAGAGGUCCUUGUGGAUAGUACCCCCAAUACUAGUGCACAAAUCUGUGAAACUUUCAAACCGGACCAUAAGGAGGAUCCAAAUCCUUCGGUGGGACCUGAGGUGAAAUCAGAAUGCAGAAGAGAGGAGAAAGUGGGGACAGAAACAGAGUUCCACGAGGACACGAUUGACAAUGCAGCUCAGGAAGUUAUAGACGACUGUUUUCCUGAUCCUAUUGAUGCUUGAUGCAAUGUGCUCCUUUCCCCUUCUCCAGGUCUGGGGAACUGGGGCUUCUUCAUUCCAAGCUUUCUCAGAAUAGUAUAAUGUCCUUUAUAAAUUACUUACCUGCUAAUAGCAUAAGCCUACAAACCAUUUGUGAUUAAACAUGUCUAUUUACUUCUGUGCUAAGUGUUUACAUGAACCCAAACUGGUUCUUGAACCAUAAAAUCCAGGGGUUAGCAGCAGGCUCCUUAAGCUACACAGGAUGUUCUCAAACUGCCUAUGACAUUUUGGGUCUUCUGCACCUUCUUUCAACAGCAGACCAUACACAAAUGUUUGGGAUCCAGAAAUUUGUCUCAGCCCAUAAUUUUCAAGAGCCAUCUGAAUUAUGAACAAAAACCCUUUCACCACAUUUUUAUAAUGCUGAGAGUGAGGAUUCUAACCAUAUAUUUCUCUUGGACAUUUGAAGAGAAUUACGCAAAAGUAUUUUUCUAUACAUACUCUAGCUCUUAAUGUGUGACUAACAGGUAGAGAAUAACAGAGCAAUUACCUCACCACCAUUUUUGCAUAUGAUGUUAUCAUCUUAAAUCUACUGUUUUUCAGCAAUAUUUUUAUAAUUUUUCUCAUCUUUAUUCAAGAUGUGAUUUGUGUUUAUUUUAAAAAUAAAGACUAGGUAUCUUUUGAGUUUAUCUGUCUUGUGACUCUUGUUGAAUGUGAGAAAUGUUUAUAGAAAGGUGUCCUACUGUAGAACUUUGUGAACAAGUUUAUAUAAGAAGAUAAGACUUCUAGUUACAGUAGUUACCGGUACAAACAGCUUUAAGGACCAGUGCUUCAUGCUUCUAAAACCAUCCUCCAUUUUCUGAAGGACAAAACCAAGAGAAUUGAUUGCCCCCCUAUUGUCUUGUAUAUCUUAUGUAAAUGUCAGAUCAACCACUAUGGGAACUAUGAUGCUGAACAUGCUUGGCUAUUGGUCUAAAUCAGCAACAAUUUUAUCCUGACCUUGCCAUAAGAAAAAAAAAAGCUUUUAUUUUUUUAAAUGACAUAGGCCUUAAUUUCAUGAGAAACUUAAACUAAGGCUUAAAGUUCUUCCUUUCAGGGAACAAAAAAUUUCCAACUGCUUAGUCUACUAUAAAACAAUAAAUACAGUUUGCAGGAGUGUAUGCUAUAGUGAGAAUUGGCUGUAGGUGUAUCCAGUGCACUUAAAAAAAGAAAACAAGCAAACAAUUUGGUGAUGACAAAUACAACUUUGGCAUCUAUUAUAACCACCAUUGUACUCUGAAAGAUUUUAAGAAUAAUAAACAAGAGGUAGAGAUAAAGCUGUUUUUUCCCCUUCCACUUUAUUGCCAUCCAACCAGGGGUGAAAUGCUACUGGUUCGCACUGGAUCGGGCAAACCGGUAAUAAUAAAAGCUACCAGUUCAGGCAAACUGGUAGUAAAAAAAUGCUAUCAGUUUGUCCAAACUGAUAUUUCCAAUGAUCAGCUGUGCCGCGUGAUUUAUAUUUACUAGAAAGAAGAAAAUCCUGCUUUCUAGAGAAUCUAAAUUGCACGGCACAGCUGUUCCCUCCCUCGCUGUCCUACUUACCUUCUUAAGCCUCCUUUUUCCAUGUGAAGUGCACAGCAUGCUUUUGGCGUGCACUGUGCAUGCAUUUGCUGUGGACCGCACAUGCAUUUGGCAUGCACCACACAUGCGCACAUAUGCAGCAUGCAUUUGGUGCACACCACGCAUGCGCGAGCAGCAAAUUGGUGACAAACCACGGAGGAUUUCACCACUGCAUCCAACCCUUGUUAGGGGCUAGACGUUUAUGCUUUUUCUUUUCAGAGAAACAUGGUAUAUAAACAUGGCAUAUAAUAAUGGUCACCUUGAUUGCAAAGUUUAUUGUACCACUUGCAUAUAGUUGCAGGAUUUUCUUUUUCAUCUUCCUAAAGGCUUUAAGUUAGAUUUGGCCAGGCAGAUUGGGGAUUAUACAAUUAAGAGUAGCAAUCAGGAAAAAGUAACUAUAUCAAAAUGAAAAUACUCUGGUGAUAGGUAUUUUUAGAGAAGCCUCUUGGACAAUAAUAUAGACACUUCCUGCUUUUUGAAUGAGGAGCAUUUUUACUACACCAAAGAAGAUGCAAAGAAAACCCAGGCAUGAGGUAGCUUUGUAUAUUCCGUUGAAUAGCUAGAGCUUGCCACUUUGCUUAAUUUUUUUUCACUUUAUAUUGCAAUAAUACAAUGUCUGAAAAAUCAUUCUCCUGUAAUGCUUUGAGCUGUAUUCACACUGUGG